AUGAGAUCAUUUAGCCAAAACCAUUGUAUUUUUGUUUUGCUCCUCCUUCUUACUGUAUGGUCAUCCCACGUAAUGUCUCGCAGGCUCCUUCAGGAGUGCACAUCUAAGAGACAUGAGAAGUGGAUGGCACAAUAUGGUAAGGUAUACGAGGAUGCUAUUGAGAAGGACAAACGUUUCCAAAUAUUCAAAAAAAAUGUUGAGUUCAUUGAGUCAUUCAAUGCUGCCGGGAACAAAUCUUUCAACCUUAGUAUUAACAAAUUUGCUGACCUUCAUAAUGAAGAAUUUAACGCUUUGCUAAUUAAUGGUCAGAAGAAGGCACAUAGGUUGGAAACAACAUCUGAAACAUCAUUUAGAUAUGACACUGUAACUUCCAUUCCUGCUACCAUGGACUGGAGGAAAAGAGGUGCUGUUACUCCAAUCAAGGACCAAGGCAUUUGUGGUAGUUGCUGGGCAUUUUCAGCUGUAGCUGCAAUAGAGGGCAUCCACCAAAUAACUACAGGUGAACUAGUGUCCCUUUCAGAGCAAGAACUGGUGGAUUGUGUUGAGGGUGACAGUGAAGGAUGCAAUGGGGGUUACAUGGAAGAUGCCUUUAAAUUAAUCAAGAAGAAAGGAGGAAUAACAAGUGAAGAUCACUAUCCCUACAAAGGAGUCAAUAAGACUUGUAAGGUUAAGAAGGGAACUCAUGUUGUUGCUGAGAUUAAAGGGUAUGAGAAAGUGCGAUCUAAUAAUGAGAAGGCACUGCUAAAAGCUGUGGCAAAUCAACCUGUGUCAGUUUACGUUGAAGCUGGAGAAUCUGCUUUUCAAUUUUAUUCAAGUGGAAUUUUCACAGGAAAGUGCGGAAUGGAUCCAGACCAUGCUGUUACUGUAGUUGGUUAUGGGAAAUCAAGUGAUGGUACAAAGUAUUGGCUGGUGAAAAAUUCUUGGGGCACUGAAUGGGGUGAGAAAGGGUAUAUAAGAAUGAAGCGAGAUAUAGCUGCGAAGGAAGGUUUGUGUGGAAUUGCCACGAGUGCCUCUUAUCCCACUGCUUAA